AGACAAACAGUUUACAGGAAAAAAUAUAAUUAUAUAUCAUCACAUUAUUUUGGACAUAUAAGGAAACAAUCUCUAACUUAUCCUCCUUUUGAUUAUUUGGAUGCAGUUUAUAAAACAAAGAAGAAUGGAGGUUGGAAACUGUUCAGCCACUGAGUUUCUUCUCUUAGGAAUUACCAAUAAUCCUGUGAUCAAGGUGGUUUUAUUUACCACUUUUCUAGUUGUUUAUCUCAUUACUCUUAUUGAAAAUCUUGGGAUGAUCAUUUUGAUCAGGAUGAAUUCCCAGCUUCACACACCGAUGUACUUUUUCCUCAGCCACCUCUCUUUCUCUGAUAUCUGUUAUUCUACUGCAGUUGGACCCAAGAUGCUGGUGGGCCUUAUAACCAAGAACAAUUCAAUUCCAUUUAUUGGCUGUGCUGUGCAGUUCUUUAUCUUCUGUAUUUUUACCGAUGCUGAGUGUGUGCUACUGGCAGUGAUGGCUUUUGACAGGUACAAGGCCAUCAGCAACCCCUUGAUGUAUGCAGCAGAUAUGUCCAGAGUGGUGUGUUAUCAGCUCCUGGCUGUGGUUUAUCUGGUUGGAAUGGUAGAUGCUUUGACACAUACAGCAUUGACAUUUCACUUGUGUUUCUGUCAGUCCAAUGAAAUCAACCAUUUCUUCUGUGAUGUUCCUCCUCUCCUAUUACUAUCUUGCUCAGAUACAGAGGUCAAUGAACUAGUCAUAUUCACCCUAUUUGGGUUUAUUGAGCUGAGCACCAUCUCGGGAGUCCUGGUCUCUUACUGUUACAUCAUCUCAUCAGUUUUGAAGAUCCGCUCUGCUGAGGGCAGGUUCAAAGCAUUCUCCACCUGUACCUCUCAUCUAACUGCUGUUGCGAUUUUCCAGGGAACAAUGCUCUUCAUGUAUUUCCGGCCAAGUUCUGCUUAUUCCCUAGAUCAAGACAAAAUGACCUCAUUAUUCUAUACUCUUGUGAUCCCCAUGCUCAACCCAUUGAUUUACAGUCUCAGGAACAAGGAUGUUAAAGCAAGUGUAAAAAAGUCCCUGAAAAGUAGAAUUUCAGUUUAA